AUGGCUGUUAAUGCUCUCCCCAAGCGUUACGUUUUGUCUGGAAUGAUUUUCAUUGGAUUCUUUGUUAUGUCUGGGUUGAGAGGAAAUUUGAACGUCGCUGUUGGUGCGAUGGUCAAUAAUCACACGGUUGUGGUGGAUGGAGAGAUAUUCUGCAGGGUAAAUGAAGAUAGUACCUUAGAGAAAACUCGUCCACGUAACACUUAACACUUAAAUCAAAUUGUGCCAGAUAAAAAUCCUUAUGAUAAAAACACCAAGAGAAGCUCAUAAUAUCGGAAAAAAUCAGGGUCAACCUCAAUACAGAUGCCCUUCGCUUGACAGGACGUUUUAAAAGCCACUGACAAAUGUCGGAAUACUUCGUGUUUGUUUUUUGAAAGUGACUUACCAAGAGACACUUCUAUUGCAAAACUUUUUACUUUUAAGAUUGCCAUGUAUCGUAGUUAUUCUUUUGGUUAAAACAUGUUUUCAUGACAUAACUAAUGGGUUUAACGUUGUAUUUCUAAAGAGAUCAAAUUCGUAAACAUAUAUUAUCCUCCAAAGAAAAGAAAUUCUAUAAGUAGCGCUUAAUUGGCAGUAACAUUUUAUCAAAAAACUGUCCCCAGCUUUAUGUGUUUAAAUUGUUACUCCAUGUUUUGAUUCAGAAUUGUUUGCUUAACUUAAUUAGCUGCGCUUUUUUCUGACGAGGUGUAAAUGGGCGCCAGGAAGUAAGCUGCCAUCAUCACGAUUUAAAGGAGCGUGGGCGGAGUUGGUAUGCCAGGCUUCCAAACAAAGGCAGUGGUGGUAGCGCCCAUUAGUGGUGAUAAUUUUUAGACCUAUCUCACCCAAUUGCAUGGCUGGUUAGGCAUGUGUGCUCCGAUAAAGCUGAAUUUUCUUUUUUGCAAAAGAAGACCCCUUUUUUUGAUGCUCUUUCAAACGUGUACCGAACUGACGUUUAGUCUGUCCGAUAUACUCGUUAUCACAGUCAUUGCACGGAAUAGUCUGUUCUACAGACGUUAGCAUUUAUAACCAGACAGUACAUAGACAAGAAGCUUAUCUUACAACCAAAGAGGUCCGUAAAGAGUUUCUAUGCUGCAUUGCUAAAACUAAAUCGUGGCGUCAAGAUCCUAGCGGGAAAUAUUCAUAUGAUCGCCGUCUGACUGGGAAACUAUUCACAGUUUUGCGUACAUUCGAUGGCUUUGUUGAUAACAUGUGCUAGAAUAUAACUGUGAAGAUAAAUACAUGGAAAUUCAUUAAAUGCUAAGACAUGUUGACUUGCAUACCAUGGAAGUUUCCGGAACAUUUUAUCAGGUCACGAAAUCAUGAUGUAAUACUACCAUAAUAGUUGUUGUAAGCCUGCAGAAUGUUUUAAAAUUCUUUGUAAAAGUAGUUAUUAGCUUUGUCGGGAGUGACUGAUCGUUUGGAAAGCUAUACCGGGGGAAAGCUUAAAAUUUAGAAAUAAAUCAACUAUUAUAGUAACCUUUCGUAAAACUGUUCGGGAACUGAACAAGGUUUAGAUAAAUCUUUAUAUAUGGGUAAUGUUUCUUUAAGUCACUCUUCCAAUUUUUUAAAAAAUUUUUUUUAUCCUUCAAUAAGAUGGUCUAAAUACGCCGUGUCUUGAAAUCGCGAAAAGGUGUGGAUUUUGGGAAACAAUUUUCCAGACUUGGCAAAACUAUAGAAAAUAAAGACGAAUCCUUACAAAGCAAACAAACAAACAAGCAAAAAAUUGGAACUGAGUGUGGUUAGACACUAACGGUGGCAAGUGCAAAACUUGAAUUUCACAUUAAUCAAUAAAUUGUGGGGGUAUUGCCGCCGUAGACAUCUUUUUUACAUAUUAUAAGCCAGUUGUAGCGUAUAUCAGAAAAAAACAAAUUAUAAGCCAUCAAUCAUUUGAUUACUUUCACAAGAACCAGUUCCACAGGAAAUCAAUCCAUUGUCAAGUUGUGAGGUAAUCGAAUAAAGAUUUGUAUCUAAUUCUUCGAAUGUGAAGAAUUUGAAAACGAUUCAUAAAGUAUAGCUUACACUAAUCACUCACAUAUCAAGAGAUUGUCGAGUGACAGACAUGCUCGUUUUUUAACAUAUCAGCAAAAGUAUGAACAUCGAUUUUUUUCACCUUUUAGUUUGAUGAGUUUUCAACUAAUGAUUAA